AAGCUUCGUACAAAUCGUCAUACAUUCGUCAUUCCAUUCACUGCCGUUGCAGUUGUCCUACUUUUCGAUGGCAGCAAAAAUUUAAUUUGAAUUGCAGUGUCCAUAAUUUUUUCCCCAUGGCUUUUUUUAUUAUAACAUGCAUUUCAAUUUUUAGAUUAACCAUGAACAUAGUAAAUAUAAUAUCAACGCUCUCUGUUACUUAUAUCGUAAGUGGAACAGUCAUCAUUCCCCUCUCAGAUCCCACAAAAUGCGCUGAUACACAAUAUUUUCAAUUUUCAAGUCUUCAGUGUAUUGAAUGUGGAGUAAAUCAAAUUAAAAGCAAAGAGUCACUAGCUUGUGCCUGCCAGAAUGGUUACAAGUUUCAAGAAAAUCGUGGAGGACCAACAAUCACUUGCCAAGCUUGUGGUAACCAAGAAGUGACUUCUCAUGAUGGAUGGGAUUGUAUUAAAUGUCAAAGUGGUGGUUACGAUCCUGGGACAAGGACAUGUAGGGGAUGUUCUGCUGGUCAAAUAGCUGUUCAACGACAAGAAGAUGGUACAUUUUAUGCUGAUCAACGUCAGCAAUGUUUAACAUGUCAACAAGAAACUCACCCUGGUACAUCUGAAAGAGUUUGUAAACCCUGCAGUCAGAAUGUCAUCCGCAUAACAACUUCCUUAGGAAUUACACCUCGCUGUGUUUGUCCAGUUGGUAUAAGACCUGGUGGAGUAACGAUCAGUGAAAAAGCUGGUGUUUGUUUUUCAUCUGCUACAACUACCCUUGUCACCGAUCCAAUAUUAAGUCCGUCACCUGCCAGCAAAGCUUACUAUGAAGAUCGUCUGAUUGCAUCGCAAGCUCUCUGCAAACAAGACCAAAAUUUUACAGCUUGUCAAAUGCUUGCCAAUCUUUGUGUCAUGCAUAUGUAUCUGGAAGACAAUUUUCAAAAUCCAAGACUUGCUACCACAGAUGCUUGUAAGGAAUACCGUCUUAUUUUGAAUUCGUAUACCGGCACUUUAGUUAAUCCCGAUUGGCCAUCCACAAUGGCGUGGUUAUUUUACAUCUCUGACAGUUCACUUGAGGUAUUGGAUAAAACUGAUAUUACCAUGAAGUUCGAGAGGGGUCAAAAAAUCACCUUUGUUUUCGUAUCUUAUGCUGCAAAUGGGACAUUUCUUGGAAUUCAUAACGAUUCAUCUAUUUUACACAUGUGUUCUGUAUUAGAUGAUAUCUCCAAAAAUGCAAACCUAUUUACAACCACCUAUAAAUCAGAAUGUAAAAUGAAUCUUAUGAAAUUGUUUAAUUCAUAUCAGACCAUAUUUUAUGAUAUAUAUUUACUCCUCAAUGAUGGGAACUUGUAUCCUGUGCCUGUAUUAGUGGAAAAUUUAAAGUUUGGUGGGAAUAAUGUUAAUCAAGAUUCUGAUAGGUCAAACUGGAGAUUGGCAAGGCGUUUCUUUUUGGUUGAUAAUUUAAGUGGACGUGCCGAGGAAGGAAGUACUGUUUUACAGCAUGAGAUCAAAUACGCAAACAGCAUCGAAUUAUUGUAUCGAUUGAGAGGUGAUGGACAAAUCUAUCCACCAUUACUUAAAAUUAAUUAUGUCACUGCAAAUGUGAACCCGAACUUUCCUUCUGGUGAUGCUGCGUUAAGUUUUCGAGUGACAUAUGAAAUGAAUGUUGAUGAUAUUAAAAGAAAUAUAGAGAUUGCAGUUGGUGUCCUUUCAGUUCUUGGUAUUAUCUACGCUGUCAUCAGAAUUAUGAGUUGGAGACGACGACAGGGAACGCUCAUGUUAGAUUGCAACAGCCUUAUUAUCUUUCUCAUUUUCCUUUUUAGUGCUUUGACGUUCGUAUUUGUAGCUGUUCUGAUGGGUACUUGCGUGCAGUGGUUGUUCUUUUUUAAACAACAGACCACUGUCAUACGCUUCCUACCGACUGAUGCACAACAGGGCAUCAUUAAAGGCUUGUUUAUUGCUGCUUUCGUCAUGAAAACGAUUGAUGUUUGUUAUAUAUUAUUUAGUCAAAUUUAUGUUGAUAUAUUUUUUGUGGACUGGGAGCGACCACGUGGUGCAGUAAGCAUGACGUCAGAGAGCGGCAACAAAAGUAUAAGUACGCCCGUCAGCGUCAUGAGAACACUUUUCGUUGCAAAUGAAUGGCGUGAAAUUCAAACUAUUCGUCGUAUAAAACCAACCCUGCAAAUUAUCCUGGUCUUGUUUUUCUUCAAAGUUGCAGGGUUUGAACACUGGACGACCACCGAUCCUACUAAUCGACUUUCAGUUGACAGUGCAGUGGAUUAUGUAGGCGAUGUUAAUUUUUGUUUACGUUUGGCUGUUGUGAGUUUAUUGUACGUUGUUAUUGCCGUCGUGCAAUGGUUGUUGUUCGGCUUCUUCUAUGAACGCUUUGUUGGCGAUGCCAUCGGUGAUUUUAUUGAUUUCUGUUCCAUGAGCAACAUUAGUGUGUUUUUAAUAUCGCAAGUACAUUAUGGGUAUUAUAUUCAUGGUCGGUCCGUUCACGGACGUUCUGAUACGAGUUUGCACGAGUUGUAUGAACAGUUUCAACGUGAAGAGGAAAAUUUAUGUGGUAAAAGAGGUUUGGAAGCGAACACAGAGAUGCAAACAUUUGAGAUAGCCCUUACGACGAAGUUUCGUAAUGAAUACGCGAAAAUCGUUCAGCCUUUGCUUACAAGAGACAUACAGCAAGGAAGACGUGGUCAAACUCCAGCUAGACAAAACCCAGGACUUCCAGGCAGUACUCUUUCUCCUCCUUUGGAACAAAGUGUGAUGGCGUACAGCAAUAUGAAUCGAUAUUUAUCUUCAUUUGUGGAGCAUGCAAUUCGUGACAACGAUUACAUGGUGAAGGAUAAAUUUUUGUUGGAACGUUUGUUACAAAAUGAAUUGCAACCGCCAUUAGAUAAAAGUAUAUUCUACAAUGACGAGGGACGUUCAUUCACCAACAUACUGCUCUAUGGACAGGAGUGGAGUCUGUUAAUUUUUAAUUUAUUAUUUAUUAUCAUGAUGGAUUGGAUCACAUCGUGGAACUUUGUUUCGGCUGCCGUGUGUGCGUACUUUGUUGACGUUGUUAUAGUAACUGUUCGAGAUUCGUUUGGUAAAAAGAACCUGGCAAACAAGACGAUGGUGGAUGAGAGAUUUUUGAUUUAGAAUAUUUUUUGCACAGAUUCGAAAUACAAUGAUAGCGCUACUUGUCGUAACAAAAGAUGUUUCGAUAUCGCUCUGAUAUAUUUAGAAUGUUUUUUCAAUUUCUCUGAAAGAGAAAUUGUUGACAGUAGAAAUAGUUCUUUGGCGAAAAGAAAGGAGUUUUUAACAAUGAGUGUGUUACAGUAAUCUUUUUAAGACAAAAUAUCCUCUUCGAUCUGUUCUCAGUACGAAAAUUUCAAUAUUUAUGUAUCCUAAAUUUUAUAUAUUUAUAAUUUGACGUAGAUUCAGACAAAAAAAGAUGGAUGGAUGUCAGACUGUACCAACAUUGCGCUAUGUUGGCUAACAUUGGCCAACACGCGAGUCAGUUUUCAAUAUGGACUGAUCAUCAGUAGGGGUAUUUUCACGAAGCCAAUGGUGGAUUUGGCUGCGAAUUAGCUGCGCAAUUUCCUUUUGGAUUCCACGAGAAACAAAAAACGAAGUAAGAAUAUGAAAGUUAGUACAAAUGAAAACAUUCCAUUCGAAGUUUCACUUGAAUUCUUAAUGAUUGGUAAAAUAUUGACCAACGAGUUGUUGAAUGGUCACACUACAACAAUAUUGGCCAAAGUUAACGAGCUUAUAUAAACGGGCUUGUUCAUAUGGGCUCGUAUUUUUCCACUAGACAACAUGUUGGUCGUGUGAAGAAAGGGUAUGACAAAGCGUGAAACCAAGGUGUGGUACGGUUUGGCUUCAUGUCUAGUUUCUAUCUCUUGAAGGAUUAUUUCCUUUUUCUUUUAAAUUCAUGUGGAUAUAUUUUGGUGUCCAGCCAGUCUGCAUAUUAUAGCAAACUGCUAUUUUUUAGUUGCGUAUAUAUUUAUUUAUAUUUUACAUAGUUUAACAAUGUGGUUGAUUUUACGUAAGUUAUA